AUGAAGAUUGCCCUGGUUGUUCUGUUGUUAGUCGCCUACGCAAAUUCUGCGGACAUCUUCAGAACUGAAUUUGGAGCUAAAAUAAAAGCAGAGGCGGAUAAAAGUAAGACGAAACUAAAUAUCUCCUCUCUUCUUCAAGUCCGUGGGAAAUUCCUCAAGUUAAGACAACAGAUCAAGGAGAGCUUAGCUCUGACCCCGGAACGAAAAGAGUUGUUGCAUAAGUUGAUGCAGAAAUUAGUACACAUCAAAAAGGAUCAUGUUCAUAAGAGUGGUGACUCAAUCGAUGAAAUCAAUAAGAAGGUUGGAAUGUCAGAUCUGCUCUACGAUGGUGAUAUGGUUCUAACGAAAGAGCAAGCCGAGGAAAUGGUCAGCGACAUCGACGGAAGUGGAAGCAACCGUGCAAAGCGUCAAGCGUAUCGUAACAAACUUUAUCCGAAAACACUUUGGACCGAUGGAGUUAUCUAUUAUUUCCAUCCUAGUGCAACGAAUAGCAUGCGAAGUGUGUUCCUGAAAGCAGCAAAAGAAUGGAGCUCUCAAACGUGUAUCGAUUUCCAUGAGGAUGUGGUUGGAAUGGGCCCAAACAGGAUCAAGGUUUUCAAAGAGAAAGGUUGUUGGUCGAUGGUUGGACGACUCCCUCGUCCACAGGAGCUUUCGUUGGGAAGAGGAUGUGAUACGAUUGCCACAGCACAACACGAGAUCGGCCAUGCGCUGGGAUUCUUCCACCAGCAGGCUAGACACGAUCGCGAUGACUACAUUGUAUUUAAUUCAGAUAAUGUAGUGCCGCAAUAUCUGGACCAAUUCAAAAAACAGAGCAAAGAAACAAACGAUAAUUACGGAUUAACUUACGAUUACGGAAGCACUAUGCAGUACGGAUCGACCAGCGGAUCCCGAAAUGGAAAACCUACAAUGGUGCCAAAAGAUCCUAAAUAUAUAGAAACCCUGGGAUCACCUUUCAUUGCAUUCUACGAUUUACUGGCAAUAAAUACGCACUACAAAUGUCUUGAGAAAUGCGAAAAUAAUGGGGCACAAUGCAAAAUGGGUGGAUUCCCUAAUCCAAGAGAUUGCUCAAAAUGCAUUUGUCCCAGUGGAUACGGUGGCGCUACAUGUGACCAGAAACCUGAAGGAUGUGGUGAAGUACUUGAAGCAACGAAGGAGGCUAAAACCCUCAAAAGCGAAAUUGGAGAUAAAAGUGCAGGAGAUGAGGACAGAGAGGACAUGACCAAGUGUUACUAUUGGAUCAAGGCACCGGAAGGAUCGAAAGUUGAGGUUAAGAUCGUAAACCUAGCUAAAGGUCUUGCCAUUGAUGGAUGCAGAUAUUGGGGUGUGGAAAUUAAAACUCAGGAGGAUCAACGUGCUUCCGGAUACAGAUUCUGCGCUCCCGAAGAUGCUGGCGUCACUUUGGAGUCGCACUCGAACAUUGUCCCUAUAAUAGCGUUCAAUAGACACGGCUCUACUGAAUUUGAAUUACAGUACCGAAUCGUAUAA